CUGAACUAGUAGUAUACAGCGUGGCUUGCGUCCGCAUCCUGUUGGGAUUAAGCACUGUAGGCAAUAAUUCCCUGCUUAAUAGCAGACACGCCUCGUUUGUACAAACCCGCCCUGUAUCUUACCCUCUCUAUGGUAGAAGACUUUCUAGCCUGACCUCUAUUGUACGUGGAUAACCGGUGUCAUGGCGGCUUCCUGCAGGUUAAAGUCUAUGCUGGCUCUGGUGACAGGAGGAGGAAGCGGAAUAGGACGUGCCAUCUGUCAGAGACUUUCGGUGGAGGGUGCUUCAGUGGUUGUUGUUGACCUAGAUAUAUCGUCAGCUAAUGCUACACUGCAAACCCUUUCUCAUAACCUUUCAGGACAAGAGCAUGCAGCAUUUGCAACAGAUGUUUCAAAGGCAAACCAUGUCAACUCUCUUAUGCAGAAAAUACAGGGCCGGUACUCCGUUCCUCCACGUAUUGCUAUCAGCAGUGCUGGAAUCACAAAAGAUGAGUUUCUUCUCCGCCUCUCAGAGGAAUCAUUUGAUUCUGUGCUGAACGUCAACCUAAAGGGUCCUUUUCUUAUUACUCAAGCUGUGGCUCGGGCAAUAGUAGCCAGUGGAGAACAUGGAGGUUCAAUUAUUAACAUUGGAAGCAUUGUGGGGAAGGUGGGAAAUCUUGGGCAGUCUAAUUAUGCUGCAUCUAAAGCUGGAGUAGAGGGUCUGACCAAGACUGCAGCAAAAGAACUGGCCAAGUUUGGAAUUCGCUGUAAUACUGUGCUGCCAGGAUUUAUCUCCACACCAAUGACAGACAAAGUUCCACAGAAAGUUCUGGACAAGUUUGCAGGAAUGGUUCCAUUAGGCAGACUUGGUUACCCAGAAGAUAUUGCUGAUGUUUGUGCAUUUUUAGCAUCAGAUGACAGCAAGUACAUCACAGGAGCCAGCAUUGAAGUGACUGGAGGACUGUUUCUUUAAUGUUGUUCCGCCUUUUUUUUUUCCGCCAUUUUUCUUUUGUGACUAGUGCCUUUAAGGCUGAAUGUAUUUAUGUUCACAGAGCCAGUGGAUUUCUUCACAUACACACAACAAAAUAAGUACUGUGAACUUUACAGAAGCCAAAGCAUAAGCACUACAAUGAAGUGAAUCUUUUUCGGUCAAUGUUUCAAAAAAUAUAUAUAUUAAAGGGGUAGUUCACCUUUAAAUUACCAGUUAGCAAUUGGUAAUAUUUUAAUUUUUAUGGUUUUUAAGCAUGGGUGACAGCUGGUGUGGUCUAACUCCUCCAUGAGAAAGGAGGGUAACCACUGCCAGCACUGGUCUUUUCCGACACCCUUUUUGGGUCCCGGAACUUCCUGCUGCAGAACUGACACACAUCAGAGUUUGCACCAGAGGAAACAAAGAAUAAAAGAUUACUUUUUGUUCAGCAGCUUUCAAUUUGGUAUUUUAGUAGCUAUGUGGUUGCUAGGUUUUAACCAGGCAGUGGUUUAAAGGAGAGAUGGGAAUAAAAAUACUAGAGGGCCUGCGUAGAAAGAUAAGUAAUGAAAAUUAACGAUAAUAAAAAUGUAGCCUUACAGAGGAAUAGUUUUUGGCAGCUGGGGUCAGUGACUCCCAUUUGAAAGCUGGAACUUGGCAGAAGAGAAAGGCAAGUAAUUCAAAACCUAAAAAAAA